CACGUGCGGCUCAUGCACCGUUCCCGCUUCUCCUCAUAGCCUGCGAAUCCCGACGUGGCCGCGGGACUUCGUUGCUGUUUCAAAAGAAUCAAAAGCUUUUCUCCAUCUGCCUCCCGGCCCCUUCAUCUCCAUCGCCGACACGGCUCUCGGAUUCCCUCUCCCUCCGGCACCUCUGAUAUCGGUUCGCGCUCUUCAAUUCAUCGGGGCUGCUGAUUCGAUUAGGGAUUCGGUGGGAUUCUCCGUUCGCUCCAUGUGAGGAUGAAAUUCGGGGAGACGUUCACGGAGUACUUGCACGGUGAUCAGGAGUGGUUCCUUGACAAAUUCUCUCAUGUCGAAUACAAGCGGCUGAAGAAGGUCCUCAAGAGCUGCCGCAGUUGCAAGCACUUGGAGAGCUCUUGCUCUUCGGAACAAGACUGUGCCGAUGGCAAUGAGGACAAGCGAUUGUGUCAGUGCGAAAGUUGCUCAUUGUGCGAUCAGAAGUUCUUCACCGAGCUGAUGAAGGAGGCUACAGAUAUAGCUGGAUGUUUUCGCACGAGGGUCAGGCAUCUGCUCCAUCUUCAUGUUGCCACAGGAAAGCAGAGGUACCUACUGUUCCUGCGCCACUGUUUCAGGGAUGAUCAACAGCUCAUGCUUCAGGAGGGAAGAAUGCUGAUUCAAUAUAUCACCAUGAAUGCCAUCGCCAUCAGGAAGAUUCUCAAGAAGUACGAUAAAGUUCAUGGCUCGGUCAGUGGAAAAAAUUUCAGAUCCAAGAUGCGGGCUGAGCAUACAGAGCUUUUGCAGUCACCGUGGCUGAUCGAAUUGGGAGCUUUCUAUAUGAAUUUCAGGGGAUCGAAUUCUGAAUGUUCUGAGGGCUCGAGUCAAUUCUCCUUUGACUUUGAUGCUGCACAACCUGUGAUGACAAUGUCUCUCCCUGAUUCAAUGAAACUGGAAUACAAUCUGACAUGUGCUAUUUGCCUGGAUACUGUGUUCAACCCAUACGCCCUGAGCUGUGGUCAUCUAUUUUGCAAGUUGUGCGCUUGUUCUGCUGCUUCCGUGAUGGUCUUCCAAGGGCUUAAGUCCGCAAGUCACGAAGCAAAGUGCCCGGUUUGUCGAGAGGCUGGGGUAUAUGCCAAUUCCGUGCACAUGCUAGAACUUGAUUUGCUGUUGAAGAACAGGUGCAAGCAGUACUGGAAGGAGAGGAUGAUAGCCGAACGCGCGGAAAUGGUGAAGCAGUCCAGGGAGUACUGGGACCUGCAGACCAAGUACAUGAUUGGAUAUUAACUUCUUUCAGGCACAAUCCAUAUAAUUAUUAUAAAGGCAAUGUAUUGUCAACGUGUUUAUACUGCUUUUAAAAGAUGAAAUUGUUCAUCUAUUCAUUCGUGUCAUAAAUUUGCUGCUGAACAGCUCUGGAAUUCUGCUGAUCAAUCCCAGUAUGGACUUAUGUUUAUUCGCUGAGAA